UCCUUACCAUAAACAAUCUUUCUCCUUUGAUUUGAUCUUUCUUAUAUAUCGAUCAAGAUUUUCUAUUGGUAGAAGAAUUUAAACAAUCGUUGUAAAGAACACAAUGAUAAGCAAGGAUCCAAGAUCGAGUUUACCACCGGGGUUCCGAUUUCAUCCAACAGAUGAAGAACUCAUUCUCCAUUACCUAAGAAAGAAAGUCUCCUCUUCCCCUGUUCCUCUUUCGAUCAUCGCCGAUGUCGAUAUCUACAAAUCCGAUCCAUGGGAUUUACCUGCUAAAGCUCCGUUUGGAGAGAAAGAGUGGUAUUUUUUCAGUCCGAGGGAUAGGAAAUAUCCUAACGGAGCAAGACCAAACAGAGCGGCUGCGUCUGGCUAUUGGAAAGCAACCGGAACAGAUAAACUGAUUGCGGUAGCAAAUGGUGAAGGGUUUCAUGAAAACAUUGGUAUUAAAAAAGCUCUUGUGUUUUAUAAAGGAAAGCCUCCAAAAGGUGUUAAAACCAACUGGAUCAUGCAUGAGUAUCGUCUUGCCGAAUCUUUUUCCCCAAAAAGAGCCAACUCUUCUAGUAGCAAAGUCAAUAAUUUUGGAGAUAGGAAUUUGAAAUCUAAAGAAUAUUCGAUGAGGCUGGAUGAUUGGGUUCUUUGCCGGAUUUACAAGAAAUCACACGCUUCAUUGUCAUCAUCUGACGUUCCUUCGGUCACAAGCAAUCAAGAGCAUGAGGAGAAACACAACAAACCAUACGUAGACCGCGAAACCGUUUUGCCAAAUUUGCAGCAGCAAAACGAUCAGCCCCUUAAACGUCAGAAGUCUUCUUGUUCAUUCUCAAACUUACUAGACGCUACAGAUUUGACGUUCCUCACAAAUUUCCUAAACGAAACCCCUGAUAUUCGUACUGAUGAUCAAUCAGAUUUUUCUUUCACGAUUGGUAAUUUCUCUAAUCCUGACAUGUACGGAAACCAUUACUUGGAUCAAAAGUUACCACGGUUGAGCUCUCCUGCUUCAGAGACAAGCGGGGUCGGAAACAAAAGAGAGAGAUCACUGGACUUUGCGGAAGAAACGAUGAACAAUACUUCCAAGAAGACGAUGAUGAUGAACACCUAUAGUUACAAUAAUAGUGUAGACCACCUGGAUCAUGGUAUGAUUCAACAAUCUAGUUUCCUGAACCAGGAACUCUUGAUGAGUUCUUCUCACUUUCAAUAUCAAGGACGCUAGAGAGAGAGAGGAUAUUAUUAAUUUGAAAACCUAAUCGCGAAUUAGGGACCAUUCGAUAUAAUAUGAUUGAAAAGUAGGAGGUUGAUGUUAGAAAUUUACCAAACUAUAUUGUGGGGGGGGAAAAAGAAAAAUAUAUAUCUAUAGAAUAACAGUAGUUGAUGUAGAACUGUGUUUUGGUCAUACCAAAUACAAAGCUUGUAUUAAAAGUACUGAAAUAGUGUUUGAUACUUUUUUUUGCAUUUCGGUUAUGAGGUAAUUAUUAUACA